AGUAUUUUACUACCACCCAUAAUUAAUAAGUAUGAGUUGGCAACAGCAACACGAUCACGACCCUGACUGUGCACACGGAUUCAGCUCCCAUUGUGUUGCACCAAAAAGCUGUUGUGCGUUGGAAGGGGGAAUAAAUAGCAAGUUUUUAGUUCUUUCAUCCUAGAGGACGAGCACGAGCGUGAGCGUGUGGAGCCGUGUUGCCCCAUUCACGGAAAAAUGAAAUCAAUGGUCAAGGCCAUGAAAAAGCUGGCCGUCUCCUCCAGCGGUAGCAGCAGGAGCAUGAAAAGCACUGCGAAAAAGUCGGCGCCAGCCGCUGCUGCUUCUUCUACUUCUUCGUCCGCAGCCGCGAACAAAAUGAAGGCGAAAAUGAAAAAAAAUAAAGAACCGGAAUCGGAAGAACAAGAAGAGGAGAAGAAGGAGGAAGUUGAAAAUAACGGACGCCCGAGGAACUCGCUGGUGACAAUCCCUAACGAGGGCACGCUCGAGGAGCUAAAGGACUUGAAACAGAAGCUGAGGGGCCAGAAAAAAUCCUGGGAGAAUAGCAAAAAAGUACUAUCAAAAUGAAAAAUCCCCCCUCCCCAUAUCAAAACGGAAAUUUGUGAUGCUGAUUUGUGACCACAAACCAGCUUUGUAUUGCAGAGAGGCACUGCGGCCAGAUCCCCAGGUUUGGUAGGGGCGUAUGGGUCUAGUAGUUCAGCAUGGCAAACGGCCCCCCUUUAGGCCCAACAGCAUGACAAAUCGAUUCCAUAAUGGGGCGGAAGCUUCUGCCCUUGUCUUCUUGCAAGACGGAUGUGAUUUGUGGCCGCAAAUCCGCAACGCAAAUUUUUGGAAGCGUACCUUUUCAAUAUGGGGAGGGGGGAUUUUUCCUCUCAAUAAGUACCAUACACGCAAGAAGCGAGGGACGCCCACGACGAGCAGUGGAAGAUCAUGGAGGACGCAUUCGCAAUGGCGAAUUCCAGUGGAGAUAACACGUACAAACUCAAGCUCGACAACGAGACGCAGCUCAUCCCCGCCUCGCCGUUUUUUACGCCGAGAGGGCAGGACGGGCCGAACGAACAAGUCGCAGCUUCUACCCGGAACCGGAAAAAGACGAACAAACACUCCGACGCUACCAGUGCAACUAUCAUAGGGAAAGGUGCAGUUUGUCAUGCCAUAUUAAAUUUUUCGCAAGACUGUGUGUUUCUAACAGAGGAAAGAAUAAAGAUAAACAAAAAUCCCAAUCCGCUUUCGCAAUUUGCUCGUGACGACGAGCCUUGGUUUUCUGGCAUUUAUGACGCCAUCUCUUACAACCUGUACGUGCUUACGUGUUUGUCAAACAAGGUAAUGCUGAAUAUGGUUUUCGGGAUACGCCUUUCCCUAUAAUAAAAAUCGAAGAGGAAGAGAAAACCAAAAUGGCGUCGUGGUAUCGACUGAAAAUACGUCAGCGUCUGGAAAGUUGUAAUGCUAGAAAGUGAAUCUGAAUGCAAAUGGUAGGUGCGCUGCGCAGCCAUACGCAGCCACGCAUUACAAAUUUCCGGGCUACUUCGUCUUGCGUUUCGACUACGAAUGGCAAGCUGCGUUUUUGCAUGACAAGCAGCCGGAUCUUUUCACUCAGUCAUUUGCGCCCAUCGAGAACAGACACAGAAUCUCGAGUCUUGUCAGACAAGCAUGACAAAUUUGGCAAUCCAUCUUCCAGACCCAGACGUGUUUGCAAUGCAUAACCAGCUAGAGAGAAACUACCCUCUGACCAUAUCCCGUGUAAAAACGCCCCCACCCAAGAGUUGUCAUGCAAAAUGGCAUGUCUAAGUGAGUCUAAAGAAAUGCGUCUCAUGCGCAGGAGCUCCAUGAGGAGCGUUUUGUAAUGCUGUCUGGAAGUUCGACUUUGUGAUGCUAGAAUCAGCGUGAUAUAUAUCGAUUUGUGAUGCGGCUUUUCUAGCUAAUCCUCAGUACGCUACGAGCCCAAACUUGUCAUGCGCAGCGGUCAAAGAUUAAGUAAGGGUCUGUAGAAAAACGUCAGAAAGUCGCACCCUGACUCCGGCGUGGGGACGUUUUUAAACAGGGUAGACCACACAGCUCCUCCUUAUGGCGUCGGUCUCGCUUAUAACAUUAUCCUACAGAAAAAAUAUUGAAUACUUCCGACUAUAGUACCCCAUUUGUGUUGCAGAUGGACGCUAAAUAGACAGGAGAAAUUCUGCGAAAUAAAAUACGUCUUGACCAUGCUGCGAUGUUGAAUACUUUUUGCAUGAUCUUCGUCCGCUAGUAAUUUUCUGCAGGAUAAACCAGUACGGUGUCAGUGUACCUCGCUGUGACGAAUAUCGUGCGUGACAACGUCUCACUUUCCUUGUGCAAUAAAAACCAGAUAGCAGCUAAGCAAGGCUUUAGCUUCAUCAGAGCACAGCGAAGGCAUUUGCGUUUUUUUUUUUAAGAAAAAAUUUAAAUCACAAUCAAGCUCAAAUUCAUAUCAGCGAAGGCAAGAACACGAAUACCUUCGGGAGCUGCUGGCCGCAACACAGGAGUUGUAAGAACAAGGAGAGUGGGGAAUUGUGUACACCUGAUAGGUAUCGGAUGCACAUAUCUCUGGGUCUGGAAGACGAAGAUUGCAAGGUUUGUCAUGCAUAUCGUGGAUUACACAGGUGGACUGUAAGCAAGACAAAUUUUGAAAAAGCUUCUAUAAUUUCUCUUCCGCAUGAGAGACUUGCCUUUUGAUGUGUGGCAAGAAAUGAGCAGCUUUGGCGGUUUGAUGCAACACAGAUUUUUUGCACGAUUCAGAUUUGGCAUGACAGACUCGUCGAACUCUUCCAAUUUCAGACAUGUUUGCAAUGCAUAACAGAAGCAGUAUCCUGUGCAAAAGUCUCGCACUCCUGUAUACAUUGCAAUCUUGCAUGCCAGAUCUUUCUUUGCCGACUGAGCUUGCAUGAUAAUUCGAGGUUGUCCUGGUGAUCACCCAGCUGGUUGCUAUCAUGCAAUGUAUACUGACGGGACGCUUGUGUACGUGCAUAAGCCCUGGAACUGUACCAGUCGUGGAGUAG